GGUAGUAUGCUUGACAUAAUGCUACUCCAAACCCUUUGUUAAAAAAAAGGGCACGGUGCAGCGGGAUAGGUGACUUGAGCGAGCGAGCGAGGGAGGCAGCCACCAUUGGUACAGUCUGCGGAUGAAAGGAAGGGGAGGGAGGCCGAGUAGUUCACACCCGACCUAGAACAAGAGGCCUUAAAAUAGUCUCCCGCCCCCGUCGCAGAGGUUAUAUAAGGUCGCCUCCGUUGGACAUUGGUGCAAAGGAAAGGGACCAAUACCACAUCGCCGGCUGACCCAUCUCUCUCCCUCUCUCCCUCUCUCUCUCUCCCAAGGAUUCGGGCUGUUCGGUCGAGCUUGUGGAAGCAGUUUGCUGCGAUCUUUGGCUUUGGAGGCGAGGAGUUUCGAGGGAGCGAGCGAUUUUUAGUAUCUGCGAAUGGCGACUCAGUGGUUCUCCAAUAUGGUGAUGGACGAGCCGAGCUUCUUCCACCAGUGGCAGUCGGACGCGACGCUGGAGCAGUACACGGAGCAGCAGAUCGCCGUGGCCUUCGGGCAGGGGGAGAUGGAGGCGGCGGCGCUGAUGCAGCAGCAGCAGUACGCCGCGGCGGCGGCGGCGGGCGAGCACCGGCCGCGCAAGGCGGCCAAGGUCAACACCAGCUGGGACUCGUGCGUCACGGAGCAGGGCUCCCCCGCCGACUCCUCCUCCCCGACCAUCCUCUCCUUCGGCGGCCACGGCCACGCCGACGCGUUCGCCAAGGCGCCGCAGGCCCCCAGCGCCGCCGCCGCCGCCUACUACGGCGCGGCGCCCGUGAAGCCCAAGCAGGAGGUCGACGCGGGGGGCGUGGCGCCGUUCCAGCAGGUCAAGCGCAGCUACGACGCCAUGGUCGCCGAGCCCGCCAGGGCGCCCUCCCGGCCGGCCGCCCAGAACCAGGACCACAUCAUGGCCGAGCGCAAGCGCCGCGAGAAGCUCAGCGAGCGCUUCAUCGCGCUCUCCAAGAUCGUGCCGGGCCUCAAGAAGAUGGACAAGGCGUCGGUGCUGGGCGACGCGAUCAAGUACGUCAAGACGCUGCAGGAGCAGGUGAAGGGCAUGGAGGAGGUGGCCCGCAGGCGGCCGGUGGAGUCGGCGGUGCUGGUCAAGAAGUCGCAGCUCGCCGCCGAGGAGGACGACGGGUCGUCCUGCGACGAGAACUUCGAGGGCGCCGACGCCGGGCUGCCGGAGAUCGAGGCCCGGAUGUCGGACCGCACCGUGCUCGUCAAGAUCCACUGCGAGAACCGCAGGGGCGUCCUCGUCGCCGCGCUCUCCGAGCUCGAGAGCAUCGACCUCGCCAUCAUGAACACCAAUGUGCUCCCCUUCACCGCCUCCUCCAUCGACAUCACCAUCAUGGCCACGGCCGGCGAGGACUUCUCGUUGUCAGUCAAGGACAUCGUCAGGAAGCUACAUCAAGCGUUCAAGUCGUCGCCAUGAAGGACUUGCUCCUGAUCAAGUCUAAUUUAGAACUUUGGCUUCUGUUUCUCUCCUUUUUUUCACCAUUAGCCUCGAGGAUUUGGGGCUAAUGAGUUUUAGGUUCAUCCCCGCUGGUGCUUCUGAUGAUAGCUCCCUUGCAGUCCCCCACACGGUGCCCCUCAAAGAUAGCCAUUUCCACCUUUUUUUGCCCCAUGGGUGCAGCAAAAACACUAGUAAAUUACUUCUACCCUCUCCCUUUUUUUGCAUGGUUUGAUCAGAUCAUUCCAUGUUCCUGGGAGAGAGUAGAGUGACAAAAAAUGAGACAUGUCUUUUUCUAGGGCUAGUUACCAAGGGGAGUUUGAAUUUUACAAAAACCCAUUUUUCAUUUCUCCCCUACAUCAAUAUAGCCCUUUUCACCCUGUUUUUUCGACGAGAGGCCGGUUCGAGUUUUUUUUCAAACCCAAACACCUACCCUUUGCCGUCCUCUCAAAUCCCACCACUGUUCCCGGAAGGCUUCAAAUAUCUGUGGACAAAAAUGGCGUCUUCUUUUUUUUCAGCACCGAGGGGGACUUUUGCAAGCCUUGAUUCAGAAGUUCAGUAGUAGGGUGUGCCUGUUUUUCAGGGCUAGUGCAAGCUGGUUGGUUGGCUUGGAUGAACCCUUUGCUUGUAGUUUCCUUAUGGUUUUUGUUGUAACAGGAUCAAGAUUGUAGCUCAGCCCGACCUGUACCCUCUUGUUUGCUUGCAUACAAGUAUAAAGAAUAAAUAAAUAUGCUCGGUUGUUAACUUGA